AACCAUGUUUCAAAUAUGAAUCAGACGCAGAAGAACAGUUUCAAAGAGUUACGACUAAAGUGAUCAGUAGAUUUAGGCUAUCAUUCGUGAGGUCUGGACAGAACCUUUUGAAAUGCUAUUGAAUGACGUGGCGGCUGAUAUAAAUAUAGAGGAACGUGAUCGGAGUUUAUGUUGCUAUCAGCGUCCAAACGUUUAGCUCUCCUUAAAGCUGAUAGAUGCCGAUAUUUCGGAAGGUGCAUUGCAUACUACUCCCAGACUUCCAAUGAUUCCUCAGGAGAAAAGACUCAACAGUCCAAUUGGACUGGCAAAAAUGCUUGGAAAAUAGGUUUUAUUACUUUGUCGUGUUCUGGACUAUUCAGCUUCGGAUUUGCUGUUGCAACUUGGGGUCCUCCUCAAAAGGAUGAAAAUGGCGUUGAAAUUGAAGACAAAUUUAGCCGAAUGCCCUUGAUUUUCGGCUACAUUUGCAGGACGUGGAGCUCUUUAUUGGCAUUUAAUCAGAGUAUCAAAGAUCCCGUCAGUGAAAAGCUUCUCCCAGACCCAGUGCAACCACCGUAUUACCAACCUCCUUAUACACUUGUCUUAGAAAUGACUGAUGUUCUUGUGCACCCAGAUUGGAAGUUUCGUACGGGUUGGCGUUUUAAGAAAAGACCGGCUUUGGAAUUGUUUUUGCAGCAGCUUUCUCCCCACUAUGAAGUUGUAGUCUUUACCAACGAGUCAGCUAUGACGGGAGGUCCAGUUUUGGCUCAGAUGGAUCCGCAAGGACAGUACAUUCACUACCGACUGUUUCGUGAAGCAACUCGUUAUAAGGAAGGAAAACACAUCAAAGACCUUUCAUGUCUUAACAGAGAUUUGUCUCGCGUUGUUCUCGUAGACUGGGAUCUUACUGCUGCCCAAUUACAGCCACGCAACUCAUUGAUCAUAAAACGCUGGGAUGGUGAGGAGUCAGAUAGGGAACUGAUAGACCUGGCAGCCUUUUUAAGAAUGAUUGCUAUGGGUAGUGUGGAUGAUGUUCGUCUAGUGUUAGACUACUACAGAGAGUUCGAUGAUCCUUUAGCUUUUUUCCGUGAAAAACAUGAAGAACUCAUGGUAAGCGAGUGUUGAAAGUAUAUUUAUUCAUUUGAAAUAAUUAUUUCUCAGAGUAGAUGGUGUUUUACACCUGAAUAGUAACUAAAGAAAAUACUUUUUUUCUUACUACAGUUUAAAAAAAGUUACGCACUUGUAAGAAAACGGCAUUUAAAUUCUUUAUCUUCAUGUUGUUGCAACUGAAAAUGAGUAACUCAUCGAUUUUAAUGCACGCUUAUACAUAGUUAUUUCUGAAAAUUACUGAUGACAUUCAUGUGAUGUAGUAAUUGUAUUACUUUAGAAUGAGGAUUAUAACCAGUGACCACGGAUCAGGAGAUAAGUAUUUCGCAGUAUGCAUGUAAUGAUUAUGAAAUUUAUAAAGAAAUAUGUCUUAGUCAGUGGAAACAACAUCAGUGGGACAAAUGCACUUAGAUGAUAUGACAUUAAUAAUACAAGAGGUGUUCUAUGAGAGUGAUAAUACUUUUUAUAAAUCUACCUCGUCAUUUUGCAUGAAAAAUGUGAGACUUGUUUUCUGGUUGUAAUUUUGUCUAUUAGGUGAAGUCUGGAGACUAGUGUAUUUUCAACCUUUUGAAUUCAACAUCGUCUAACUAUUAGGUAUCCAUUUUAUAUUUCAGCAUAAUGUGUUCAAUUCUUUAACUGUAUUUUGUCUUCUUGAUUACUGGUCGUUGAUUGGUCCAUUGACCUAGUAUAAAUCGUCGUUGCCUUUCUUCUGUUUGGGGGUGUUCGGGCAGUAUGUCAGCCCUCGCAUAAACUAUGAGAUUUUAUGUGGCACAUCUCUUGAUGCCUAUAUUGUAUCAAGUUUGUGUUUUAAUCAGUAAUAAUCAUGUAUUCUGGAUGGUCAAUUCAAAUGGAAUCAAAUCUGUUAAUCGUCUGAACACCUUGUCUACAGGGUUUUUAUGUCAUUAGAUAUGUUAUGCCCUGUUAAUUUAUUUAUUUAACUAAGAUAUUGUCUAGUGUGUAAUGCUUUCUCUGGUAUCUUUUUCUUAUUUAGGAAAUUCAAGCUAAACGUA